UGCUUUUUUUUCUCUUUUUUUUCCAUCAAACGGGCUUCUCCGGAGGAUGGCCAGGCUGUGUCAGGGCUUGGUCGUUUUUUUUAAUCUGAGAAAAGGAGAUUUCGGCAGCAUGGAGGAGCGAAGACACUGAAUCCGCGCAUUUCAACGAUGAUCUAACCGCUUAGUUCCAGGACCCGCCAUGGCCAUCCGGGAGCUCAAAGUUUGUCUUUUAGGGGACACUGGAGUCGGGAAGUCCAGCAUCGUAUGCCGGUUCGUUCAGGACCACUUCGAUCACAACAUCAGCCCGACCAUCGGAGCAUCAUUCCUGACCAAAACCGUCCCCUGUGGGAAUGAGCUGCACAAGUUUCUGAUCUGGGACACGGCUGGUCAGGAACGGUUUCAUUCUUUAGCACCGAUGUACUACAGAGGAUCAGCUGCUGCGGUCAUCGUCUACGAUAUAACUAAACUGGACUCUUUCCAGACACUGAAGAAGUGGGUGAAGGAGCUGAAGGAGCACGGCCCAGAAGACAUCGUUGUAGCUAUAGCGGGGAACAAGAAUGAUUUAGGAGACAUCAGGGAAGUACCAAUGAAGGAAGCAAAGGAGUUUGCUGAAUCCAUCGCAGCCAUUUUCAUUGAGACCAGCGCCAGAAACGCCGUCAACGUGGAGGAGCUCUUUCAGAAAAUCAGCAAACAAAUCCCACCUCUGGAGAAUCCCGAAGCGGAUAGCAACGACUCCUUUAAACUCAACCGGCAGCCGACUCCAUCCACCAGGAGGUGCUGCUAGUACCAGGAGCCGAUGAACAGAACUCCAGACCUCCCAGAGGAGUCCAUGGUGUCUCCUCAGGGAAGGAGGACACAGUGGACGGGCUGAGGUCCAAACGGAACAACCUGUUAGCAGAAUCAUGCUCCUACAAAAUCUGGGAAGUCUCAGUUUUGUCCCCUGUUGUCCUCCACAGCUCAGGCAGAUGCAAACGGCCAGACUCCACGUCUGUAACAAGUCCUUUCCUGUGUUUGAGCAUCAUUAGUCUGUCAUUGUUUCCUGUAACAGUGAUAGUCAAACUCCUCUUCAGCUCCUUCCUUCAGUUUAUCAUUACAGAAUCGAGGACUCCAAAUCCUGAUUCUCAUCCCGACAGAAAGGGCUCCCCAGCUGAAACACUUGGACCAAUAAGCGGGACGUUUUCUAAAUGCUGAUGGGGAUUGUUUGGGAUUUCACAACAGGGAUUGACUGGAAACAGCUGCCAAACGGGAGCUUUGCUGGUGUUAAAAAAGGGUUGCAUUUAUAGCGUUACAUAUCCAAGUGUUUAAUUCAGGAAACAGUUAGCUGUAAACACUAAAUCCAAUUCAGAAAAUCUUAGACUAAACAAGAGAAUGUGUUCAAAUAACAAAGAUGGAAGUCGUAUUUAAAUGCUGUUUUGCUUGUUUUGCCCGACUCCUCCAUUGGAAAACGGAGAACGGCACUUUCUCUUCUGUUCAGAUGAUUUUGGAGUAAAUUAAAUGUAUUGACAUUGAGAAUAAUUUGAAGCCUUUUUAAGGAGAAGAAAAACAUUUCCCAGCAUCCGCUGUGCCUUAAUAUCUUGUAUACUAUUAAAUGUUAUUUGAGUGCUUAUAUUUAGCAUCUGUUUACAUAAAAAGUGGCACAAACCUGUUGAAGCCAACCUUGAAAUAUUUGGAGGUGAAGACAUAUUGAUCGAGAUUUUAUACGGAUGAUUUGGGAUUAAACUUCUUGCUGUAAAUUGGAAGAUGAAGUACUGUAAUGCCUGUGAGAUAGAAAUAGUAAAACUUUUGAAAAUGCCAUCUUUUAUAUUCAAUUUGGUGGAAUAUUUCCUACAAGUAUUUGCCUUCAUUUCCACAAAAGUGCCUUUAUUAUUCUUUAUACUUUAAACAGUGAUAUAAUGCUAGAAUGAUGUAUUAGUCAUUAUGAUAAUCCACUUGAAAAGUUUAACUUUGUUCUGUUAAAGCCUUUGAACAGAUCAAUUUACUGUACAAUAAUAUCAGUAUUAAAGACAUUUUCAUGCUAAA